GGCGGCGGGGCCUCGGGGUGCCGGGCUCGGCUCGGCUCGGCUCGGCGGCGGCGGGCGGCGCGCAGGAUGAACAGCAUCAAGAGCGUGCCGGCGCGGGUGCUGAGCCGCAGGCCGGGCCACAGCCUGGAGGCCGAGCGCGAGCAGUUCGACAAGACGCAGGCCAUCAGCAUCAGCAAAGCCAUCAACACGCAGGAAGGGCCCGUGAAGGAGAAGCAUGCCCGGCGCAUCAUUCUGGGCACACACCAUGAGAAGGGCGCCUUCACCUUCUGGGCCUAUGCCAUUGGCCUCCCGCUGCCCAGCAGCUCCGUCCUCAGCUGGAAGUUCUGCCAUGUCCUGCACAAGGUCCUCCGCGAUGGGCACCCCAAUGUGCUGCAUGACUGCCAGCGGUAUCGGAGCAACGUCCGGGAGAUUGGGGACUUGUGGGCUCAUCUACAUGACCGUUAUGGGCAGCUGGUGAGCGUCUACACCAAACUCCUGCUCACCAAGAUCUCCUUCCACGCCAAGCACCCCCAGUUUCCUGCAGGCCUGGAGGUGACGGAUGAGGUGCUGGAGAAGGCAGCAGGCACAGAUGUCAAUAACAUUUUCCAGCUCACUGUGGAGAUGUUUGACUACCUGGACGCCGAGCUGCAGCUCUCUGAGGCAGUCUUCCGGCAGCUGAACACGGCCAUCGCCGCCUCCCAGAUGUCGUCGGGCCAGUGCCGGCUGGCGCCCCUCAUCCAAGUGAUCCAGGACUGCAGCCCCCUCUACCACUACACAGUCAAGCUGCUCUUCAAGCUGCACUCCUGCCUCCCAGCUGACACUCUGCAGGGCCACCGGGACCGUUUCCAUGAACAGUUCCACAGUCUCAGGAACUUCUUCCGACGGGCGGCUGACAUGAUCUACUUUAAGCGGCUCAUUCAGAUCCCGCGGCUGCCCGAGUCACCCCCCAACUUCCUGCGGGCCUCGGCAUUGGCCGAGCACAUCAAGCCGGUGGUGGUGGUCCCUGAAGAGGUCCCCGAGGAUGAGGAGCCCGAGAACCUCAUUGAGAUCAGCUCAGGGCCCCCAGCUCAGGAGACUCCGGUGGUGGCAGACCUCUUUGAACAGACUUUUGGACCCUCCAACGGCUCCGUGAAAGAUGACAGAGACUUCCAGAUCGAGGCCCUGAAAAGGGAGGUGGAGACGCUAAGGGCCGAACUGGACAAGAUCAAGCUAGAGGCCCAGCGGUACAUCGGGCAGCUGAAGGCGCAGAUAAACACGCUGGAGGCCGAGCUGGAGGAGCAGCGGAAGCAAAAGCAGAAGGCUCUGGUGGACAACGAGCAGCUUCGGGCCGCACAGCAGGAGGGUGCUCGGCAUCAGGGUCUGCUGGAGGAGGCCGAGAAGAGGGCCAGCACCACCGAGGUACGCUACACACGGCUGAAGGAGAAGCACAAUGAGCUGGUCCGGGUGCACGCGGAGCUGCUCCGGAAGAACGCAGACACGGCCAAGCAGCUGACGGUGACCCAACAGAGCCAGGAGGAGGUGGCUCGGGUGAAGGAGCAGCUGGCCUUCCAGAUGGAGCAGGCACGACGGGACUCGGAGAUGAAGCUAGAGGAACAGAGUGACCAGCUCCAGCAGCUGCAGCGGGCCCUGGAGGCCAAGGCCGGAGAGUUGGCCCAUGCGCAGGCAGCGCUGACCCGCACUGAGCAGAGCGGCUUGGAGCUGAGCUCGAGGGUGGAGGCACUGAGUGCCGAGAAGGAGGCGCUGAACCACGAGGCGCGGCAGCGGGAGGCCCAACUGGAGGAGGCGCAGAGCCGGGUUUCUGUGACCGAGGAAGCGCUGAGCCGAGAGCAGCAGCGCAGCCGCCAGGAGCGGGACGAGCUGCAGGGCCGGCUCGACGACAAGGAGACCCAGGAGAGGAGCCUGCAGCAGCGGCUUCUGGACGAGCAGUUCGCGGUGCUGCGGGAAACGGCGGCAGAGGCCGAACGCAUUCUGCAGGAUGCGGUGGACAAGCUGGACGACCCCCUGCACCUGCGCUGCACCAGCCCACCAGAUUACCUGGUGAGCCGGGCCCAGGCAGCACUGGACGCCGUGAGUGGCCUGGAGAGGGGUCAUGCCAGGUACCGGGACUCGCCGACAGAUGCCUCCGCCCUGGUGGCCGCCCUCGCCCAGUUCUCCCACCUGGCUGCGGAUGCCAUCAUCAACGGCAGUGCCACCGCACACCUGGCCCCCACUGACCCCGCUGACCGCCUGAUGGACACAUGCAGGGAAUGCGGGGCUCGGGCACUGGAGCUCACGCGGCAGCUGCAGGACCGGCAGGCGCUGCUGGGGGCAGAGCCCAGCCUGGUGCGGGCCCCACUGCAGGGCCUCCUCCAGCUGGGCCAGGAGCUGAAGCCCAAGAGCUUGGACGUGGGGCAGGAGGAGCUGGGGGCCGUGGUGGACAAGGAGAUGGCUGCCACUUCUGCGGCCAUCGAGGAUGCUGUUCGCAGGAUCGAGGACAUGAUGGACCAGGCCCGCCAUGCCAGCUCCGGCCUGAAGCUGGAGGUGAAUGAGAGGAUCCUCAACUCCUGCACAGACCUGAUGAAGGCCAUCCGGCUCCUGGUGACGACAUCCACCAGCCUGCAGAAGGAGAUCGUGGAGAGCGGCCGGGGGGCAGCCACGCAGCAGGAAUUUUACGCCAAAAACUCCAGAUGGACCGAAGGGCUCAUUUCGGCCGCCAAGGCCGUGGGCUGGGGAGCGUCACAGCUGGUGGAGUCUGCAGACAAGGUGGUGCUGCACACGGGCAAGUACGAGGAGCUGAUCGUCUGCUCACAUGAGAUCGCGGCCAGCACGGCCCAGCUGGUGGCCGCCUCCAAGGUGAAGGCGGACAAGCACAGCGCCCACCUGGGCCGGCUGCAGGAGUGCUCUCGAGCCGUUAACGAGCGUGCUGCGGCCGUGGUUGCCUCUACCAAGUCGGGCCGCGAGCAGAUUGAGGAAAGAGACACCAUGGACUUCUCAGGCCUGUCCCUCAUCAAGCUCAAGAAGCAGGAGAUGGAGACACAGGUGCGGGUUCUGGAGUUGGAGCAGACGCUGGAGGCCGAGCGCAUGAAGCUGGGAGAGCUCCGUAAGCAGCACUACGUGCUGGCUGGGGCCGUGGGACCGCAGGAGGAGGAUCACAGCCGGCCCAGCGCCGCCCCACGCACAGCUGCCUCUAGGAAGCCACCCUUGGCUCAGAAGCCUAGUGUGGCCCCCAGGCAGGAUCACCAGCCCCACAGAAAGGACAGUCUUGGCACCAGCACCUAGGCCUGUGGGGCCCGACAGGGACCGCUUGUGAGGGGCCACCCCAGGGCCCAACUUGUAGAGGACACUGGAAUGGACCGGAACCGACCGGGCA